CCAAUGGAUGCUGUGACGGGGCUGCACAAUGUUGCGCGAUACCCGGCGCUCUCCCGUGCUGCCUACGUAACGCGCGCCAAGGAUGGAAGGGAACCAGAGCAGCAACGCUACUCUGGAGGAGAUAUUCGUGUGGAUGAACAAUGCGACGGACUUGUAUUCCAUUCCUUCCGAUCUGUGGAUGCGGUACUCCCCCGGAAUGGUGUCUGUCUUCUGUCUCGCCUACAGUCUCGUCUUUAUGGUCGGUCUUCUGGGCAACAGCUUCGUGGUGGCCGUCGUCAUUCGUUCGCCGCGCAUGCGCACAGUGACUAACUACUUCAUCGUCAACUUGGCAAUGGCAGACAUAUUGGUCUGCGUGUUCUGCAUUCCGGCCACGCUGGUCAGCAACAUCUUCGUCCCCUGGGUGCUAGGCUGGUUUAUGUGCAAGACGAUGUCCUAUCUGCAAGGCGUAGCCGUCAGCGCAUCUAUAAACACACUGGUGGCCAUCUCUGUUGACAGGUGUCUGGCCAUCUGCUAUCCCCUCAAGUGUCAGCUGUCUUCCGCUGGUGUCCGUAGGAUCCUCUUGGUGAUAUGGUCUUUCUCCAUUGUCGUGACCUCCCCUUGGGCCCUGUACUUCACCCUGGCACCCCUGCAUCCGGACGUUCCGGGAGUGAUCUUGUGCGUGGAACAGUGGCCAGACGAGACUUCCUCCACGCUGUACUUCAUACUGGCCCACCUUUUCCUCUGCUACCUGUUCCCCUUGUUCCUCAUAAUAGUCUCUUACGCCUGCAUAUGGGUCAAAGUGUGGAGGAGGAACAUUCCCGGCGAGACGCAGCAGAUGGACCUGGUCGUGCAAAGGUGUAAGCUAAAGGUGGUCAAGAUGAUGCUCGUGGUGGUGGUCAUCUUCGUCAUGUCCUGGCUACCGCUCUACAUAAUAUUUGCGAGAAUUAAAUUAGGCAGCUCUAUCGAGGAAGGCAGCCUCGAAUGGAACUUAAUGGUCACGCUGACGCCGGUGGCCCAGUGGCUGGGAGCGUCCAACAGCUGCAUCAACCCGGUCCUCUACGCCUACUUCAAUCACAAGUUCCGCAGGGGUUUCAUCGCCAUCGUGAAAAGUAAAUCCUGCUGUAGCGUUCUGCGCGACAAUUCACGGGGGACGGACUUCAGAUCUACUCGUUGUCUAAAACGCAGUGAAGAAUGGAAACCAGUGGUGAAAGCCCGACCCGCCGUGAAGCGUGAGACCAACAACAAAACCGUCGACAGGGCUCUGUAAAUAAUAACGGUAAUAGUACAGUGAUCCGCCGCUGCAAUGGACCUUGUGCACUGUGGACCUUCGGAGC